AUGCCUGGAGAGCAGCCCUGCGAAGCGCCACCCCCAGCCAUGACCAGAGAUCUGUCCUGCCACGCUGCCGGCUGCCUGGGGCGCCCCUUCAGGCUCCCCCACGAGGACCCUGCCACGGCCAGCAGGACCCAAGCUGGGGAGCUAGAGCCCAAGGGGCUGCCCCACAGACCCCAGGCCCUGGGCAGCCCCCUCGGGAAAGGGGACAGCCCCCAGGUCCCACCAAAGAGGGGCCACUGCCAGGCUCACAUGCAGCCAGUGGGUAAGGCAGACGGCAGCCCCCCACAGCCCUACAGCUUGGAUGAGAGCCAGGAGGGCCCCCAGACUGAGGCCCCCCAGGGCCCAGGACCCGGGGCACCCCUCAGGCCCAGCCCCGAAGUCCUGAGCUUCUCAAGGUGCUGCCAGGAGAGCACCCUGGCCUUUACCUCGCCUGACGCGCCCCCAGGGCCCCCGGGCCUGCAGGCACCCCAGAGCCGCAGCGCCAGCCCCAGCCAACCGGCCUCCUACCCCAACUUCCAGGUCAGCCAGGCCACCCCCUGGCCUCCCGUUGCUGACAGCAACUUCCCAGGUGCUAAUUUUGGGGUCCCCACUUCAGAGCGGGAGACCUUUCCGGAAAGCAGCAGGCCUGGCAGCCCCGGGCCAGUUCCCUUCCCCUACCCCCUCCCCACGGACACUGCUAGGCGCGAGUACAGCAACAGGGCACGUGGGUUCCCCUUCCAGCCGCCGGCGCUGUGGCCGCAGGAGGCCGUGGGCUCCAGCCCGGCCUACACGCUGCCCUGCUACCCACCCAGCGACCUGCGGGCUGUGCUCUCCCCACCCGGUACUGCUCACGGGACCCAAGGCCCCUUCCCUGAGGGCUUGCACAAGAGCCUGACCAAGGUGCUUCCUGAAAGACCCCCCUCAGCUCACAGUACUCUGGGGAGCCCCAGGAGACCCCCGGAGCCCCGGCCCCAGGGCCACUUUCUAGGGCAGGCAUACACGGCCGGCAGCGUGGGCAGCAGCCCGGGGCCUCUGGAUGGCGAGCUGGCUGUCUCAGGUCCCCCACCUGCCACACUACCCCAGCUGUGGGACCCCCCCACAGGCCCUUACCCCACACCUACCCUGGCUCCCCCAGCCGCAGCCAGGAGCACCCUCUUCAGAGGUCAGCCAGGCUCAGGCCAGGGGCUCUGCCUUCCCCAGAGCCCCUCCAUGCCCUGGUCCCAGCCACUCCCGACCCCCAGCCCCAGCCCCCACCAACUGGAGGUGCUGAGCCGGCUGCCAUUCCCUGGGGUGGGGCCCAAGUGGCAGGGGGGCAGCCAGGACACCCCAGGCACUGUGAGCCAGACGCCAGGAUCUGGGGAGAAGCUGGUGGGCGGCUCCCCAGGGCUGUUCACCUACAGCAGGCCCAAGGACCCCGGAGCCCAGCCCCUGUUCUUUGGGGGGACUCAGCCCCAGGUCUCUCCCUGUGGGACUCCUGGCCUACCCCCACCCAGGGUGGUGGGAGCAUCUCCCGCUGAGUCCCCCCUGCCCUCACCGGCCACCCAGACAGCUGGCAGCAGUACUUGCUCGUCCCUGUCGCCACCGUCCAGCAGCCCUGCCAACCCCAGCUCAGAGGAGGGCCAGCUGCCUGCACCCCUGGGGCCCUCAGCUUUCUUCCACCCUCACCCCCAGGAAACCGGCGGCCCCUUCCUGCCGCCAGAGACCUCCCACCCCCUGCCCACCCAGUACCAGCCGGAGCCAGCCAAGGCCUUUGCCUUCGCCACGGACGGGCUGGGGGCUGAGGGCCCGUUCCCCCAGGGGCCGCCUCCCUACGCUGCCCACCACUUCCCACUGAGCAGCGCCAGCCUGGACCAACUAGAUGUGCUACUCACAUGUAGACAGUGCGACCGUAACUACAGCAGCCUGGCCGCCUUCCUGGCCCACCGGCCAUUCUGCAGCCUCCCCCUGGCCAGGGCCAAGGACGGCCCCCAGCCGCUCCCUGGACUCCACGCACCCACGGGCGCCCCCAGAGCAUCCACUGACAUGCACACAGGCUCCCCGCCCCAUGCCAAGACCAUGCCCUUCUUGCUAACCGGGGAGACGCAGGGCAGUGGCCGGGAGGACCCCCUCCGGGCCAGCUUCCCACCCAGUCCGGCUGCCACCCCCUUCGCCCUGCCUGGCCCGGAGCUGGACCUGGAGGACGAGGCCAAGCUGGACAGCCUCAUCACCGAGGCGCUCAACGGCAUGGGGUACCAGUCGGACACCCCUGAGAUCGACAGCACCUUCAUCGACGUUUUUGCCGACGAGGAGCCUUCAGGCCCCAGAGGGGUGGGGGCCGGGCACGCCCCGAAGUCCCGGGUGGGGGUGACAACAGAACACAGAGCUCAGCCCCCACUCCCGGCCACGGGUGCCUCCUGCCCCGGGGACAGGGGCUGCCCACCCCCAAACAGGCCCAAAACCCGCUCCCUGGGCCUGGCGCCCAUAGAGGUCUUGGCCUCUGGCCUGGUCAGGCCGUACAGAAGAGGAAAGCAGCUUCGGCUGUUCCGGAAAGACACGGGCACGGCCGGCGGAGACGCGGGGGUCGCCCGCCCACGGCCGAGGAGGAGGCGGCGGAAGAUCCACAGGGCUGCCCGGCCCCCAGCUCACCCCCGCGACCUCAGGACUCAGGCCCCCAAGAGCCACACAACUCCGGAGACCAGGAGCUCCCGACGCCUCCGCCUGCCCCCCGGGAAGGACUUGAGGCGCAGGGCCCAUGGCGGCUGGAGCAAGGGGCUCAUCCGCAAGGUGACGCAGCAGAGGAGCGGGCGGCAGCCCAGCCGCGCAGCCCAGCAGUCCGACGACGAACAGCCGCCGAAUGGCUCCGGCCUCAGGGGCCGGCCCCAGUCCCGGCGAGGCCUCAGGAGGAAGGACGGAGACCUGGCGAAGGGUGCCAGCGAGGGUGGGGAGCCGCAGAAACCCGAGGCUGUGCAGCGGGAAGAGGGUCCCAGGACUCACAGCCCCCCACAAAGCCCAGAGGAUCAAGAGGCCCACUGCUGCACCCCGCAAGUUCCCACGGACCGGACCACCACCUCUGAUGAGCCCCUGGAGGCCGAGAGGCCUGAAGUUGUCCAGGGGUCGCCUCCUGACACCACAGAUUCCCCAGACGGGCUUCCUCACCCUGCAGCCCCGGAGAUGAGGAACAGCCCCAGACGCCCAGACCCAGAGCAGCCAGUGGCCAGCUGCAGCCCUCGGCCGCCGGCCCCUGCCUCCCAGGACAGAGGCGACACCCCUGCUCGGGGGCUCGCUACGGCCAUAGCCAGCAACUCCAACCCUGGCUGUGACCACGCACAUCAGACCACAGGCUCCGUGGGGGCUCAGGGUGACCACCCAAGGCCCCCAACCGACAGCAGCCUCCCCAGUGAGCCAUGGCCAGCACCCCAAGACCCGGCCAGCUGCUUCCCGGAAGAGCCGUGUUCCACCACCAUGACAAACACUGGAGCCUGCGAGCCAGAACUGGCACAGGAGCCGCCUUGCGCAGGUGACGUGGACCUAAGCAACCCCAAGUCACCGCUGACCUUGGAGUCCACUUCCCUCUUUUCAGAGUUAGCCCUGGAUGGAUUCGACUCCCUGCCAAUCUACAGCGGCCUUUCUGCCCACAGGGACCCACAGCCAGAAGGGCCCCCAAUGGGGCCGCUGCGCCACCACCCACUCCUGCUGCUGUGUGAUACCCUGCCCAACCAGCUUCCUGACCUCGUCGGGGAAAAGGCCCCCAGUCACCAGGGUGCCCCUGAGGGGAGAGUGGCCCCCAGCCCGCCUCCAGGGCCCAGCAGGGACAGUGAGCCCAGUGCAGGCAGCCUGUCAGAAGACGAGCUGGAGAUCAGGCGCCUGGUGACCGAGCUGGAGAGCCAGCUGCAGCAUGGCCAAGGCCCACACACGGACCCCAGCCAGCGGGGGGCAGCCCUGGGCCCAGAGCAACCCUCCCCUGGGGCCCCCUGCCAGGCCAACUCAUCCCAGGAGGGCACACCCUUGGCUGCUGACAGCCCGGACUCUGGGGAAGGGGCUCUCGGGAGCCCCCCCGUGUGGCCCUGUCCAGGCCAAGCGAUGCUUGCACCUGGCACCCACACAGACCUGGCUUCUGAGGCUCCGGUAGGUCCCCCAGGGGCCAGCUGUAAUUCACAGCGAAGAACCAGGGUCUCCAACGUCGACACAAACUGUGAGGUCUGCCUGCAGGAGCCCCUGCCCGGCGCCAGCCCCAGCCAUGAACUCCUACUGUCCCCAGACACCCGGCCAGAAAAGAACAGCAAGAGCGUGCGGCUUCCUCCCAGGACAGAAUGCACCCUGGGGCCCAGAGAGGCCGAUGUCGGCCCUGGCCUGCAAGGGCUUCACAGUCCCCCUGCCCACCUGGCCUCUAAAGGCAGCAGCAGUCUGGAUGCCCCCUCGCCUCUUGGUCCCAGCCGCACCGGUGCCACCCCAGGACGCUCAGCAGGCAAAACCCAAAGGCCCCAGGACACGCGACUCCUGCACCUGAGGACAGAAGAACCUGGCCUUGAGAGCAACCAGUCCCUGACCACUGCUCCCCAGGGCAAAGAAGCUGGGUCUGUCCCCAUGCCCAGCCCUGCCUGUGAGCCCAGCACCGGCCCUGGUGGGUCACCCUGGGACCCAGCUUCCAGCCCCUUCCAGGGGACCAGCACAACUGGGAAUGAAGGCUGCAUCUGGAAGUCGCAGAGGCUGUCCCCUGCUGACCAGCACAGCCCACAUGGGAACAGCUCCAAGCAAGGAGGAGCCAGUGUGGCAGGUGGGAGUGUGGCCCGGAGCCCCACCCAGGAAUCCCUGGAUGCAGUGCAGGUAGCAAUGGCCCCUGCAGCAGCCGGGCACCGGCCGGGGCCAAAGGCUGAUGGACACCCUAGCCAGAAUCCCUCGGGCCCCUGGGAGACCCCAGAGGGGCCAGAUUGCCCCUUCAACUGCAGUGUUGACCCUGUAACAGCACUGGCUGGGCCUGCUGGGGCAGCUGGCAGGGGAAGCAGGGCAGUAGCCCAGCUGUGGGACGAGCUGUGGGCCACCCCAAACCCCACUUCCCCUGGUGGAGAUUCCUUGGUGCCAGUCUCGUCAGCAGCUCACACUCAGAACCAGCCUCAAGACGGAAGUCCAGGGCAGGCGGCCAGCCCGGGUCCCAGCUUCCAGCUGCUGGGGACCCGGAAGAGCCCAGCCUGGGCCGCCUGCAGCCUUGAGUGCCUGGACCAGGAGUACCCGGUGCCCACAGGUGAGCUGGCCACUCCCCAGCACCUGCCAGCCUUCUGUGCCCAGGCACCUCUGGCAGGGGACAGCUGCGUCCAAGCCCCCACACCCCCCGAAGCUUCCCCACCUCUAGCAGCUAGCCCCUGUGGCCCCCUCCUAGAGCACAGUGGUCCCCUGCGUUUCCCCAGGGACCCGAGCCCUGCCCGUGACAGGAACAGUCCACAAGACAGCACACUGAGCAUGCCUGAGGACUUCAGGAAAGACCCAUCAGGAGGCUCUCCUCCACCAGGGGGCACCGCCUCCCCCAGAGUGCCCCUCAAGGCCGCCAGCCUGCCCAGCGCAACCACCAGCCGCCAGGCAGAGGCAGACAGGGGAGUCCUGCCACACCCCCAACCCAAGGGAACACCCACGGGUCCCUGCCCAGGCCUCCAAAGUGAUGCCCCCUGCCAUGGCCACAGCGAGGCCCGGACUGUGGUGGUAGAGCCCACCUAUCCCACCUUCUGGGAAGGUGAGGCCGGAGCUGGCAGCGAGGGGCCACACUUGCCCGUGGCUGUGGGCCUGGGCAACUCUUCCAGCAGCCCCACUGGUGACUGUACACCCAAGUCUCCCCAACGCCAGGGGAAGCUCCUCCACCAGAAACCCCGGGGGGGCAGGCAGAGGCCCCAUGGUUUUAAGAAAGAAGCCAAGGCCCUGGAUAAGAGCCCAUGGAGCGACCGGACCCCAGAGACAGAGGCAGGGGCCGUGACCUGCUCAGCCUGCCAGGCCACCUUCCGCUCAGGGCCAGCUCUGAGCCGGCACAGAGCCAGGAAACACAGACUGCCCCCAACAGCUGCAUCCCAGCUGGAGCCUGCAGCCCAGGAGGGCCAGCACCCCAGGAGGAAAAGCCGCAAGGUGCCCGCGAAGGUGGACCCAAGACACACAGCGGGGCAGCCCGAUGCCCAGCACUCCCCAGUUCCUGGGAUGUCGAUGGUGGUGGCCAGGCGUGGGUCAGGGGGCCUUGAGACAGUAGGCCUUCCCCGCCACAAGCAACCACAGUCCCCAGGCCUGACAGAACAAGGAGUGGAUGCAACAACUUUGACUUCAAAGCCCACAGGACCGAACAAACCAGACAGGGACAAGUGUGCCCCAAAACAGGUGGAGAAAAGGAAAAAGGAGGGCCAGGGGCAAGGCCGAGAGUCCAGGGACCCACCUGCCAGCCGCCAGGGCGCCUUGAAGAGGAGUGCCAGGAAGCCGAGCCAGAGAAGGCCCCGGGGCCGGAGCGCUCCUCCCGUCUUGGCCGUGGGUAUGGAGGCUUCAGACAGAUGCGACUGGAACCAGUCCACCGCAAGUGCCAGGGACACGGCCUCUGCAGGCCACUGUCCUUCCCCGGAGGGAGAGCAAGAGACCGAUGUGGGGCCCGGGGUGACAGAGGACGUAGCAGGGACAGGUCCAGGGGUCCCGCACGCAGAGGGAAGACACAGGGUGAGAUCACCAGGUGGUGGGCGGAGCCGGGCCAGGAGGACCCAGCAGACCUCCCCUGGGCCCCAGGGAGCCUCAGCCAAGGGGCUCAGGGCGCUGGGCAUCGGCCCCCAGCCCGCAGCACAAAGCCCGGACUGCGUCCAGGACAGUCCAGAAGCCCAGGAGAAGCAACAGGGGCCUGGGGGUGACCCCCACCCGGGGCCGGGGAAGCCUGGCAGCCUGUGGGAUGAUGACGAGGACUCCUUCGCCCAGCUCUUCCCCAUGGGCGGCCGCCGUGCUUGGAAGAAGACCCGCCGGGUCUACGGCAAGCGCCUGGAGAAGGCCAGGCAGCAGCUGCAGCCAAGCAGUGUGGUGGAGCCGGAAGGCGUCGUGCCGCCGUGCGUCCGUCUGCCCACAGACCUCACUGACUCUGAUUCCGGCUCCCUCUGCCUCGCCCCAGAGGACCCGUGGGAUGACGAAGCCCCGGGGCUGGCUGGCUCCUUCCUGCUGGACAGCGUCAUCAGUAUAGAGUCCUGGAGCCCUGGCCCCAGCCUGUGGGCUGCGGACGCCCACAGCAUGGAGAACAAUGCAUUUGAAGCCAUCCCGGAGCUGCGCAUGGUUCCUGUGGCCUGGCGCAGCUCCGUGCUGCAGGCCCCCACUGAGGAGCUAUCCUCCCAGCCCGGGGCUGCAAGCCCAGGGCCCCCCAGCCUCGAGAGGGAGUGCUGGGACCCCGAGCCUCCUGGCAAUGCCAGCCUGCCGCCACCACCACUGCAGGCCCUGGACUUCCUGAUGCUGAGCAACCCGUUCCAGUCGCAAGACCCGUGUGCCCCAGUGCCCUGUGAGGACACUGCGGUUCCCCAGGGCAGGAGUCCGGUGGAGCCCAGGACCGCAGCGAAUUCCCCCGAGCCGCUGCCCAGCCCAAAGUCCAUGCCAGAAGAGGCUCUGGGGGCAGGCGGGGAGCGGCCUGCCAAGGGCAGGCGCGCCUCUUACAAGUGCAAGGUCUGCUUCCAACGCUUCCACGGUCUGCGCGCGCUCGACCUGCACCGGCUGACCCACAGCCCCGCGCCGCCCCCAACCUGCUACAUGUGCGUGGAGCGCAGGUUCGGCUCGCGGCAACUGCUGCGUGAGCAUCUGCAGGAGAAGCACGUGCAGGGCAGGACAGGACCGUGGGUCUGCGGCAUGUGCCUGAAGGAGGUGGCCGGCGUCUGGAUGUACAACGAGCAUCUGCGCGAGCACGCCAUGCGCUUCGCGCGCCAGGGUCGGACACGGGCAGCCCUGGGGGACCGCGCUGUCACGCGCCUCCUGCACAGCCUGGCGGGCCGCCGCACGGCCAGACCCCAUGGGAGUGAGCGCGCCGCAGAACCGCCUGCGGUGCCAGAGGACGCCGGCAGGGAAGAGACACCAGGCGAGAGGCCGCGGUCCCAGGCGCGCGCGGAUGCCUCGAACGCACGCGGCGUCCCGGCGGCCUGCAGGAACCCCGCCCCGGCCGGGAAGGCCCCCAGGACGAGCACGGAACGGCUCCCGCAGGCCGCGCCCUGCAGGGACCCCUCCCGCGACUGCCACCACUGCGGGAAGCGGUUCCCCAAGCCCUUCAAGCUGCAGCGUCACCUGGCGGUGCACAGCCCGCAGCGCGUCUACCUGUGCCCGCGGUGCCCGUACGUCUACCCCGAGCCGCGCCAGCUGCGUGCCCACCUGGGCGAGGCGCAUGGCCAGCCCGCGGCCAGUGAGCCGCAGCACACGCCGCUGUACACCUGUGAGCUGUGCGCCGACGUCCUGCAGGUCAUCAAGCGGUGCUUCGUCUGCAGCUCCUGCAACUACACCUUUGCCAAGAAGGAGCAGUUGGAGCGCCACGUGGACAAGCACCUAAGACUGGACCAGCAGCCCAUCGCCCUGCGCCGCGUGAGGCGGCCUGGGCUUCCCGAGGGCGCACCGGCCCGCAAACGGUGCAAGGUGCCGCGGCCCGAGGGCGCGAACAGACCCCCCUCCCUGGGCGGCCCUACCCCAAGUGAGGGGGCCCUCCCAGUCCAGGGAAGGCCGGAGCCCACAGUAGUGCCAGUGGAGCCCCUGCCUGCUCUACCCCGACCCUCACCUGGUGGCCUUGAACCAGACCACCGAGGUUCAGAGCGGUCUGAGGGCGUGGCCUCCCCAGGCAGCCCUCAGCCUGUUGGUCAGGAGGGGUCUGUGCCCCUGCCGGACACAGAGAACAGGGUUCCUCGUGUGUUCUCAGGGAAACGCAGGGCCGUGGGCACUCGUGGCCAGUGUGCUCCUGGGUACUCUCCAGGACACCCCUCUCUGCCCCAGAAGGAGCAGCAGACAGCCAUGGACUUCCCAGGGCCCGAGGCCGGCAUGGAGCCCCGCCACAGGAGCAGGGCCACCAAGCCUGGGGGCUGCCGCAGUUUACCAAAGGAUGGGCCAGUGACACCCACCCCAAACAAGGUGCCCAGGUGCCCAGGACAUCCAAGCAAGGCUGUGGGGCUCCCGGCACCCCAAGAACUGGCCCAGAGCACAGAGGGCAGAGAGAAGUUCCCCUCCCCCAAAGACAAGCUCGGCCCCAGCUCCCGGAGCAGUACAGGCCCUCGCCUGGGCCUCAAGGCGGGGGGUGGGAGCCAGCCCCAGCCCUCCAGCGGGCAGCUUCAGAGUGAGACAGCCAGCACCCCAGGCAAACCUCCCAGUCCAGGCCAGAUCCCUGCGCUGGACAAGUUCUCCGCUGCCUCCGCUAGCGCCGAGGGGCCCCGAAGGGAGAAGGGAGAGAAGAAGAGGAAGAGCCAGGCAUCAGGGCUGAGCUGGGGCCCCACUGGCCCUGAGAAACCCGCCCGGGCCCCUCGCAAGCAGGCGGCCCCCAGCCGCUUGCUUCCCCUCGAGCCCAGCCCAGGUGGCCGGAGCGGCCACUUGCACGGCAGGGGAAGGCUGGGCAAGGUCGGGUCCCCGAGGAGGGCCAGGGCCGUCCUCAGGGCUGCGCCCGCCGAGCCCCGGCAGCCUCGGACGGCUGCCUCCCAGAGCGACCUCCUCAGCCAGCUCUUUGGCCAGCGAACAACAAACUUCAAGAUCCCCUUGAAGAGAGAGGCCGGAGAGUGA